UAGCUGCGGGUGGCUGGGUGGUACAUAUGGGCGACAGGUCAGCGCUUGAUUAUUCUUUGUUUGCGCACGACGAUCAGAGAUUCCGACGAAAAACCUAGCCAGUAGUGCGCUCCGCAGCACAGAUAAUAGAAGUGUGUGAUGAAACGUGAAGGGAGUGGCACGAGAUUAGGGAAGGCAUGAGAAAAAAGACCUUGCUCUGAGGACACAUUGGCAGCGCAGAGUCUUUGCUUGAAUCUUCACUUGAAGCCUCCGUCUUCGUCGUCAUGGCGUACGCAGCAUAUUGGAUGAGUCUUUCGCAGCCUAGCCAGGUCCCACCCAAACCGGCACCUCAGGUCUCCACGGUGAAGCCUGCACAAUUCGAGAAAGCAUCAUCAGGAUCCACCAUGGCUACAAAGCCUGGGGUGGUUACCACAGCAACAGGCGGCACCGCAGGAAGCGGCAUCACGGCGGCAGCAGGAAGCGCUUCAGUCGGAACAACGGGGAAACAGGCACGUAAAGCCGAACCAGAGACGGCACCUGCCUCCCAAGCCAAAGCCACAGCUGCUCCUUCUGCCGCUGGAACAGCAGCGACCAGUGCUGUGACCAAACCUAAAGAGUCACCCAAAGACACAACCAAGAGUGCCCCUGCUGCAACAACAGUCAAAGCUGACGUGCAUAAAGCUGAUCCUGCUAAAACAGUAAAGCCAACUGCGGCAGCCACGGCUGCGACUGGAAAUGUAUCAGGGCAAGUGAAGAAAGAAGAAGCUAAACCAACACAAACAAAGGUGCAGGUCGAGGUUCCUCCCGCAGCAGCUACAGGAGCCAAAGAGACACCUGCCGUGGAUCCUUUGGACGCCCUGGCCAGCAUACUACCAUCAACCGGUCCAGUCGCACCGGCGCAGCCUGCAUACACCGGGCCAGUUGUCACAGAGCAUGAAGUCACCCAUGAGAAGGCUCAGAAGUGCGGAGAGAGAGACGACACGCUGCCUCCUGGCUACAGAUUUACAGAUAUGACUCCAGCUCCUGCUGAUGUCAAACCCAAGGAGGUUCCUAAGCCACUGAGCACAGACGAGGCCCUGGAUUCUCUAUCAGCUGGUUUCAACACAUCUACUGCUGCGACUGGACCCAAGAAGCAAGAGGGCCCUGUUGUCAGCGCCUCUUCGGCUGGUCCUGCAAACUUUGCUCCACCUCCGCAAAAAAAAGAUACUCCUAAAGCUGUUCCUCCUGUGGCCGUGUGUCCUGCUCCUGCUCCUGCUCCUCCUGUGGCCGUGUGUCCUGUUCCUCCCGCUCCUCUUGAGGCUGUGUGUCUUACUCCCGUUCCUCCUUUGCCCGUGUGUCCUGUUCCUCCCGCUCCUCCUGUGUCCGUGUGUCCUGUUUCUCCCGCUCCUCUUGUGGCUGUGUGUCUUACUCCCGUUCCUCCUGGGGCUGUGUUUCCUGCUCCUCCCGCUCCUCCUGUGGCUGUGUGUCCUGCUCCUCCUGCUGAUAAGAAAGCCAAGAUGGAAAAAGUCUCAGAUGCUUUCUCUCUGGAGGCUGGACUUCCCUCUGCUCCCCCGUCGACAGCGGCACCGUCUGCGCAGCCUCCAGCCGAUAAAAAACCCAAGCUGGACACGGCUGCUGAUUUCAAGCCCGCGGCUAAAAAGGAUGACUUCAUGUCUCUGGAUGCUCUCAGUGCCCUUGGUGACACGUUGGCAGCGGACACACCAAAACAUGAACCGCCCAAACUCAAACGUGAAGAGAUUGUUUCGGAGGGCAAAGUUACCCAGGAGAAGGGUGUGCGUGUAGGAGAAAGGGAGGACACACUUCCUCCAGGCUACAGGUUUAAUAAGGAAGAGCUCGAGAAACUGCCUCCUCCUAAACCAGAGCCCACCAUGAACACAGGCGAUGCUCUGGACAUUUUGUCUGGAGACUUCACGACCCCCUCAGCUGCUCCUACUCAGAAAGCUCCUGCUCCCCCUGCUGAUAAGAAAGCCAAAGACGACGGAUUCUCUCUGGAGGCUGGGCUGUCCGCUGCUACUGCCAAGAAAGUGGAAUCCUCCGCAUCUCCCAAGGUGUCAGUGUGUCCUGCUCCUCCUGCCGAUAAGAAAGACAUAGAUGACUUCAUGUCUCUGGAUGCUCUCAGUGCUCUUGGAGACAGUUUGGCAGCAGACACACCAAAACCUGAAGCCCCCAAAGUCAAACCAGGAGACAUUGUGUCGGAGGGCAAAGUUACCCAGGAGAGGGGUGUGCGUGUAGGAGAAAGGGAGGACACACUUCCUCCAGGCUACAGGUUUAAUAAGGAAGAGCUCGAGAAACUGCCUCCUCCUAAACCAGAGCCCACCAUGAACACGGGCGAUGCUCUGGACUUUUUGUCUGGAGACUUCACGACCCCCUCAGCUGCUCCUGCACCUGCACAGACUAAGGUUGAGGAUUUGUCCGCUCUGGAUGUCCUCUCCGGAGAUUUGGUUGCUCCCUCUAAAGCUUCUGGACUUCAGGCGCCAGUCCCUCCUCCCACCCAGAAAGCCCCAGAGAUAGCGGUUUGUCCCCUGGAACAGCCAAACACACUUACCAUCCUCCCUCCACAACCACAACAGGGAAAACCCAAGGUUCAGAAGGGUGACUCCAUGUCUCUGGAUGCUCUCAGCGCUCUUGGCGACACGUUGGCAGCGGACACACCAAAACCUGAACCCCCCAAAGUCAAACCAGGAGACGUUGUGUCGGAGGGUAAGGUUACCAAGGAGAAGGGUGUGCGUGUAGGAGAGAGGGAGGACACGCUUCCUCCAGGCUACAGGUUUGAUAAGGAAGAGCUCGAGAAACUGCCUCCUCCUAAACCAGAGCCCACCAUGAACACAGGUGAUGCUCUGGACUUUUUGUCCGGGGACUUCACGACCCCCUCAGCAGCUCCUGCUGUCCAGGCCCCUGUUGUCACCCCCUCAGCUCCUCCUGCACAGUCCUCUGCAGAUGCCGCUCUGGAUGCCCUGUCAGGUGACUUUGUUGCCUCGACUGCUGCUUCUGCAGUGAAGUCUGCACCUUGUGUUCCUGCCCAAACUGACCCACAGCUGGCAGCAGGAUCAGACAACGCCCUUGACGCUCUGUCCGACACACUGAAGGAUAUCACACCCGCGCCUCUGCCUGCCCCGGUUCCUCCCAAAGACAUUGUCAAGGAGAAGGAGGCGGUUGAAGAGAAGUUGAUUAAGAUGGGAGAGAGAGACGACACGCUGCCACCAGAGUAUCGGCCCAGUGAGGAAGCCCUCAAGAAAAUGCCAGAAGCAAAAGCAAAGGCUUCAACGCCCAAAGAGAAGACGAUGGAUGACCAAACAGCCCUGGACUUGCUGUCCUGUGACCUCUCUAGCGCCCCCCUGCCUGCUGCACCAGUCACAUCGUGCGCAGACAUGGAAAAGCUGGAACCUCCUGUCCUGGACUCAGAGCCCCUGAAGCCGAUGGCUCCUGCUGGUCUCGACAGUCUGUCUAGUACCCUGCUCCCAGACGCUCCCGAGUUCAAACCCAAAGCAGACAAACACAAGGGCAAGAGCAAGUCAAAGUCAAAGUCUAAGUCCAAAAAACCCCAUGCAGAGGAGCCGUCUGCCACCGACCAGCUAUCAGCUCAGCUAAGCUCAGAUGUCGUGCCAGCGUCUACAAAGAAGGGAGGAAAGAGCUAGGCCCCCCCACCCUCCCCCGGUUGUCGGUGUGCGUCCGUCCUCCAGGCCACAGGGACGCAACGGGGACGGAGCUGCUCUCUGGAUAAUGAUUCUAUUUUUCUAAAUCGUAAAGAACGUAUACUGGAUGCAAGACAAAAUCUAGACAGGCCCACGACACUUUCUCAACAUAUUUACACAUCUGCGCGCACCACAUUUUCUUGCUAGGUUUCACACUCAAAGAUGAGGACCCCUAGGCUUCCGUCUUUGUAGAAAAUAAAAGAGAGACUUUCUAAAAACCAGAUGGCUGCGAAGAAGGGGCGAACAAACAAGGGAAGCCGUGGGGAGGGCAGAGGAGCUCGAAGCACACAAAUUUCUUUUAGAUUCAAAAGAAUAAGAAGAAAAAUUUGAUUUUCCAGCGAUACACUAAUAUUGCGACACACAGUUUCUCUGAGCCUUGUGGCUUCUCUUUGGUUCGCCGUGACAGCCAGCUUGUGUGGGAGCAGUAACGGAAUCGUAUCGGGAUGUUUGUGCAAUCUUGAUGUACACAGAAAAGCCAAGUUUUCUAUCAUGAUGUGAUCGGAUGCCAUUAAGACACUAGUGUACAGCUUAGUCUGCUUAUAUUUUGGACAAUACAUAGUUUACAUUAUUGAAUAUGUGGAGGAUUUCCAGAAGGUGUUCUGCUUUAUUCUGUACUGGAGAGCUUUUUUUUUUUCUUUCUUUUUUCUUGCUUUCUGUAGAGAAAUAUCUGUCGAGGGUCUUUUUUAUAUGUAUUUGGCCGUGUGGAAAUGAAAAAGAAAUUACUGGCGUUCAGAAGUGCACUUAUGGAACCGAGGUGUUUACAGGCUUUGCGAACUGCCACUGUUUGUGAUAACUGUAUAGACUCUACAGAAGACAACACUGUACACUUUACAAAGGACGAUCGCUUUCAACUGUAAAGCCAAAAGUCACCAUGGGUUCACCAUUCGUCGAUGAUUUCGUUUCGGCGCGCGUCAAAAUGGGUGAGAGAUGCUUUAGAGGUGGGAAUGCUAGCAAAAUAUUUUUUAGAAAAAGCAAAAAAAAUAUGUAUGACUUUAACACAGAAAGAGCUCAAUAUAAAGAAAGGGAUUCAACUGUACUAAACUGAACAGAAUCUCCUCCGAAAGUUGUCUUCUCUACUCCUCACUUGUGGCUUUUCGCUCUGCUUACAGUUGUAGCAGCCCACUUCCUCUCCAAGCAAGGGGGGCUCAAAACUAAAAAAAAAUAAAAAAAAAAGUGUGUAUUUCUCUCGUAUAUUAUACUUUUUGUGCCAAGACGCUGAAUGACUGAUGGGAGUGCAGAUGACUGGGUUUGAUGUGUGGAAAAAAAAUAAAAAGAAUGAAAUAACUAAUAAAGAUAAAAACACUUCAUUGCAGCCAGAAA